CGAUGUAACAUGAACGAUUCAUACAGAGAAAGGAAGUAGUGAGCUAGGUUACUAGCCGUGUCUAUCGGCGGAACCGUAAAGUUUGAAAUGGGAUACGGUUUUCAAUUGCUUAAUUGAUUUUUAUAUAUAACCCGCGAUAGACACAACAUUUCUUGUAUUGAAAUAUAAGAUUAAUAUGAUUUCAGACAAGGACUUUGUCUGGAAAACUUUGCGGUAACGUCUUUGGCUAGCUAGCUAGCCGCCUCGAUAGUGAGAGAAAGGGAACUUUGAGAUUUCUCUUUCAAAGUUUACGACUUUGCUACGAAUUGGAUUACGUUAUUCGAUUAAAAAAACACCAGAACCAGGUUUUAGAUGGUGAGUGCAGAGGCAGUGCGGUAUGCUGAAGCGUGCCUCCCUGUGUCAGAAUGAGUGUCACGGAUGGCGAGGGGACAGCUAGCCAAGACGGGAGGACCUACGUUCUCCAGAUCUACCCGCGGCUCUCCCUGGAGACGGAGUCAUGCUGCACCCUGCGCGUCUCCAAGGACGCCACGGCGGCGGCCGUCAUCCAGGACGCGGCGGGCGUCCUGGGCCUGGACUGCUCCCUGCGCUACGCGCUGGCGGAGGUGAAGGAGUGCGGCGGGGAGGAGUGGGUCCUGGAGGCCAGCGACCUCCCCGUGCAGAGGGUCCUGCUGUGGCCCCGGCGGGCCCAGGACAGCCACCCGCAGAGCGAGGGCUUCUACUUCCUGCUGCAGGAGCGCAACCAUGACGGCUCCAUCCGCUACGUCCACCUGCCCGCCCUGCGGCGGGAGAGGGAGAACCGGCGGCUGCAGGCCCGCGGCUUCCUGCCGCCGCGCCAGGAGGACUUUGACGACCUGUGCAACCUCCCCGCCCUGACCGAGGCCAGCAUCCUGACCAACCUGCGCUCGCGCUUCCACAAGCAGAAGAUCUACACCUACGCCGGGAGCAUCCUCAUCGCCAUCAACCCCUUCAAGUUCCUGCCCAUCUACAACCCCAAGUACGUCAAGAUGUACGAGAACCACCAGCUGGGCAAGCUGGAGCCGCACAUCUUCGCCAUCGCCGACGUGGCGUACUACGCCAUGCUGCGCGAGCGCGUCAACCAGUGCAUCGUCAUCUCCGGGGAGAGCGGCUCCGGCAAGACGCAGAGCACCAACUUCCUCAUCCACUGCCUGACGGCGCUCAGCCAGAAGGGCUUCGCCAGCGGGGUGGAGAGAACCAUCCUGGGGGCGGGGCCAGUGCUCGAGGCAUUUGGCAACGCGAAGACCGCCCACAACAACAACUCCAGCCGAUUCGGGAAGUUCAUCCAAGUCAAUUAUCUGGAGGGCGGGGCUGUCCGGGGGGCGGUUGUGGAAAAGUACCUUCUGGAGAAGUCUCGGCUGGUCUCCAGAGAGAAGAACGAAAGGAACUACCACGUGUUCUACUACCUGCUGGUGGGGGCAUCGGAGGAGGAACGCAAGGAGUUCAAACUUCUACAGCCUGAAGACUACCUCUACCUCAAGCAGCAAAACUUUAAGAUUGAAGAUGAAGAGGAUCUGCGCCACGACUUUGAGAGGCUGCAGCAGGCCAUGGAGAUGGUGGGCUUCCUCCCCGCCACUAAGAAACAGAUUUUCUCAGUACUGUCCGCCAUCCUGUACCUGGGCAACGUGACGUACAGGCGCAAGUCGACGGGGCGGGACGAGGGGCUGGACGUGGGGCCCCCGGAGGUCCUGGCCACCCUGUCCGAUCUGCUCAAGGUUAAAGAGGAGCUGUUGGUGGAGGCGCUCACAAAAAGGAAAACGGUGACGGUCAACGACAAGCUCAUCCUGCCCUACAGCCAGAGCGAGGCCGUCACCGCCAGGGACUCCAUGGCCAAGUCGCUGUACAGCGCCCUGUUCGACUGGAUCGUCCUGCGCAUCAACCACGCGCUGCUCAACAAGAAGGACAUGGAGGAGUCCGUUACGUGCUUGUCCAUUGGUGUGCUGGACAUAUUCGGGUUUGAGGACUUUGAGACCAACAGCUUCGAGCAGUUCUGCAUUAACUACGCCAACGAGCAGCUUCAGUAUUACUUCAACCAGCACAUCUUCAAGCUGGAGCAGGAGGAGUACCAGGCUGAGGGCAUCACCUGGCACAACAUCGACUACACGGACAACGUGGGCUGCAUCCAUCUGAUCAGCAAGAAGCCCACGGGCCUCUUCUACCUGCUGGAUGAGGAGAGCAACUUCCCUCAUGCCACUGACCAAACCCUGCUGGCCAAGUUCAAGCAGCAGCAUCAGGGGAACAAGUACUUCGUCCCCACGCCCGUGAUGGAGCCGGCCUUCGUCAUCCGGCACUUUGCUGGCAUGGUCAAGUACCAGAUCAAGGACUUCCGGGAGAAGAACACGGACCACAUGCGGUCGGACAUCGUGGCCCUGCUGCGCAGCAGCGACCGGGCCUACGUGCGCCAGCUGAUCGGGAUGGACCCGGUCGCCAUGUUCCGCUGGGGCAUCCUCCGGGCCACCAUCCGCGGCAUGGCCGCCUUCAACGAGGCGGGGCGCCGCUGGGCCGCCAAGACCGCAGGUGUGGUACGGCCCAGUUGUCGGACCCCGCUGGGGGAGCUGCAGAGGUCCAACACCCCCGUGGAGAGGAUGUACCGCCGCGCCUCUUUGCUCGAUUUCUCCUUUGAUCAUUCUGAGGAGCGCCCUCUAGAGGCCUUCGAAGACAUCUUUGCUAGCUAUGAGAGUAAGAAGGACAUGCAUGCCCAAAUCAUCAGCUCCAUAAAGGACUUGCAGUUGGACGGCGAAGACCCUCGCAAGUUACUGCAGUCCUGGGGUCGCCUGCGGUUCCCUCGCCACGUCCUUCAGAAAAAUAAGAACGCCAGGCAGAAGCAGCUCAUUCCCAAGAGCCUUAUCGAUUCCCGCUCCCUCAAGUUCAUAGUGGGCCUCACCUUACACGACCGCACCACCAAGUCUCUGCUCCACCUGCACAAGAAGAAGAAGCCCCCCAGCAUUAGUGCCCAGUUCCAGACGUCCCUCAGUAAGCUGAUGGAGACUCUAGGCAAGGCAGAGCCCUUCUUCAUCCGCUGCAUUCGCUCCAAUGCUGAGAAGAUGGAGAUGAACUUCGAUGAGGCUCUGGUGCUUCAGCAGCUGCGGUACACGGGUAUGCUGGAGACGGUGCGAAUCAGGAGGUCCGGUUACGGCGCCAAGUACACCUUUCAGGAAUUCAUCGAGCAGUACCGGGUGCUGCUCCCGAACCGGGCGGAGCCAUCUCAGGAAGACAUCUCCGCCCUUCUGCAGAGGCUCCUCCCGGACAACACCACCUACCAGAUCGGCAAGACCAAGGUGUUCCUGAAGGAGCCGGAGCGGCAGGUGCUCAAGGACACGCGGCACAAAGAAAUCAUGCACAAGAUCGUCUUCCUGCAGCGCUGGUUCCGCGCCAAAUUGGAGAGGAGGCAGUUCCAGCACAUGAGGGAGGCGGCCGUCCUCAUCCAGAGGGCCUGGCGCAGGUUCCGGGCGGCCAGCCGCCACAGGGCCGCCGUCAUAAUCCAGGCGGCCUGGCGGGGCUCCCAGCAGCGGUCCGAGUACCUCCGGCAGCGAGCCAGCGUCCGGAAGGUGCAGGCGCUGGCGAGGGGACAUUCGGCACGGCGAAGGUGCCAGUCCCUGCGGGAAGAGAAGAGGAGGGUCGAAGAGGAAGAAGCCAGGAAGAGGGCCGAGGAGGAGGAAGAGGCGGCCAGACGGGCGAGACAGGCAGAGCAGGAGGCCGCAGAGAGAAAGGCGAGGCAGGAGGAAGAGGCGCGGCAGAAAGAGGCACAAGCAAAAUCUGUGGAGGCAAGAACAGAGGAGGAGGAAGAGGAAGAGCCGGCCUCUUCGAAGUUUGCUGCCGAGGAGGAGAGAGAGGCCGCAGGGAAGGAACCCAGCCAGGCAGAAGCUGCAUCUCCCCAGCCUGAGGAAGAGGAGGAGGAGGAGGAGGAGGAGGAAGAGGAGGAGGAGGAGGUGGAAUCUCCUGAUGUCCUUAAGCCAGCGGGGAGGAAGACGGCACCAAUUGCUGUCCCAGAGCCUGAAGAGGAAGAGGAGGAGGAGGCGGAGCCUGCUGCCACCCCCACACCGGGGAAGGAGAGCAAGAAGGCGGAGCCUGGCGCCGUCCCCGCCCCUCAGUCGCAGGAGAAGAGGCGCAGAACCCCGCAGCCCCACAAGAGCGCCACCUCCAGGAGCCAGGAGAAGCGGGAGAUGAGGAGGCAGCGUGGCCUGGAGCACAGCCAGCGUGAGAGCCAGCGUGUCGCUUCCACCAAUCAGGAGGACCCUGUCGCAAAGGUCAAAGGUCAGGAGGGCAGGCCGAAGGAGCGCUCGGACAGCAAGGAGCUGGACCAGUACAAAUUUGUAGCCUGGAAGAAGAAGGAGGCCAAGCCCGCCUCCCCUGCCCCGAGCCGCCCCUCCUCCCUCCCCCUGGCCACCACCACCAGGCCCGAGAGGAACGGCCACGGGGAGUCCUCCAGCCCCCCCUCCAUGGGCUCUCUGCACCGCUACCGGCAGACUGCCAUGAAGGAGAAGGGCGAGAAGUGGAAGGAGAAGAGGACCGAGCCGGAACAUGUGGACACCCCCGAUCCGAGGAAUGCCGUGGACAGGACUUUACAGCUUCGCGGAAUCUCAAUGUCCCUGGAUAACGUGUCCAAGCUGAACUCUUCUGGAUCUGACAGCUCCGGUGCCUCUCCAUCAAACAGAGAGGUUCAGUCCCCAACAGAGAUCAGCCCUGACGGGGCAAAGUUCAGCUCGCUGAAGCGGAGGCCCAACGACAGCCCGGGUCACCAGGACUCCGCCCCUCCACAGCCGUCCACCCCGGAGAGAUCGGGGUUCCUGAGGAAGAUCCUGAAGAAGCGUCCGCACAAAGAGGCACAGACGCCGGACGACGGAGACCUCACCCUGGCACAGAGCCUCGCUGAGAGAGGAGCAGAGGAGCCCUCGGGCAGCCGAGUCCACCGAAACCGCACCAUCAAGAUCAGCCGCGCCACGCGCGUCUCCGAGCAGUGGAACGCCUCGCUGGACCGCCAGAUCACCAACGACAACGAGCUGCGCCACCUGGACGAGUUCCUGGGGAAUCAGGUGAAUGAUCUGCGCUCACGGGGAAAGCAGCUGUCGGCGACGGAGCAGAUGUUCAUCACGGCCACCAUGCAGUUCAGGCAGGUCAUCAAGACCAUGUACUCGCUCUCGAAGCCACAGAUUGGCUACAAAGGGCUGAUGACUGGCUAUGAGAACAAGGUGGCCAUCCUGGCUGGGGAUAAGCCCAAUGCUGAGAAACAGCUGGUGGUGAAUCUCUUCCAGUCCGUUCUGGACGGCUUCAUUCGCGGGGAGAUCAAGAAGGAGGAGGCGGAGCCAGCUAAGCCUGCAAAAGCGCGAAAGAAAAGGCGGAAGAAGGACAAGAGCCUGGAGAACCCUCUGGACCACAUGUUCAACACGUACCAGGUGAACAUCGUGCAGUCCUGUGACCAGUGCAGCUCCUACAUCUGGGGCAUGGAGAAGGCCUGCAUGUGCAGCUCUUGUAAAAUGGUGUGCCACAGGAAGUGCCUCUCUAAAAUCACAACAGACUGCUCCACCUAUUGCGCCAAGAAGUACGAGGAAGAGUCCGGCUCCCAGCACUUUGGGGUUCACGUCUGCCUGCUGAUCAGCGAUAAGAACCCCAUCCCCAUCGUCUUGGAGAUGAUGCUGGAGCACGUGGAGAUGAACGGCCUGUACACGGAGGGCAUCUACCGCAAGUCUGGCUCUGCCAAUCGCAUGAAGGAGCUGCACCAGCUGCUGGAGUGCAACCCCCACGUGGUGUGUCUGGAGGACUACCCCAUCCACACGGUGACCGGCCUGGUCAAACAGUGGCUGCGGGAGCUGCCCGACCCCCUCAUGACCUUCACCCACUACAGCGACUUCCUGCACGCCGUGGAACUGCCUGAGAAGCAAGAACAGCUCCACGCCAUCUACAAAGUGCUGGAUCAGCUUCCUAGUGGCAACUUCACCACUCUGGAAAGACUCAUCUUCCAUCUUGUCAGAGUGGCUAAGGAGGAGGAGCACAACCGCAUGUCCCCCAACUCCCUGGCCAUCGUCUUCGCCCCCUGCAUCCUCCGCUGCCCCGACACUGCCGACCCCCUCAUGAGCAUGAAGGACGUGGCCAAGACCACCACGUGUCUGGAGAUGCUGAUCGUGGAGCAGACCAGGCGAUACAAUGAGAAGAUGGAGGAGAUCGAGCAGCUGGAGUACGCACAGGCCCUGGCUGUCAAUCAGCUGAAGCUGAAGAGGCAGAACACGUACUGGCCUUUACCACUCAGGUUUUCUCCUUGCAAAGGAGCGGUGAUCCACGAGAAGACGAGAUGCUCUGAUCUGAGCGUGGUCCCCGAGAACGAGCCGGCGGACUCGGACACCGAGGGGGAGAGGACCCUCAUGGAGCGCAUCAAGUCCAUCAAGCAGGAGAAGGAGGACUUGGCCUACCGGCUGCCUGAGCUGGAACAGCCCGGUUCCGACCAGGAGAACCUGGACUCGGAGGCCUCCGUGAGCUCCGAGAGCCUGCUGGAGGACCGGCCGGUCAGCUCGGACGCCGAAGGGAAGAUGACCGCGGCCCAGAGGAAGCCUCGGCCGGCCGGCCUCCCCAAACCCGCCGAGCCGGACCCCCCGGCGGCCGCGCAGCCCGUCGCCCGGCAACAGCUGCAGCGCCGCCUCCCCAUCAUCCCUAGCACCAUCAGGCUGCCCCACGGGGUCCGCACCCUCCCGUCAGUGCAGGCUCUGCCCCUGCGUGCCGCCCGCUCCUUCUCCCUGGUGAAGAGGCGAGACCAGCCGGCACGCCGCAAAGACAGCAUCCAAUCCCUGUACAUCGUCCCCGGCCAGGAGGCCUACCCCUCUCCCCCCGCCGCCUGCUCCUCCUCCUCCCCCCCCGCGUCCAGCGACUGGCAGCUCGCCAAAGUCACCCGCCGCUUCUCGGACCCCGACAUCCCGUACAUCGAUGACGAGGCCUAGCCGGAGACUGAGCGUGCUCGGGAGCGCAGGAGAGGACCCCGGAUACUGUUACCGCCAUCGUCCCCGCUGCCCCUGUGUGUCUAAUUGUGAUAGAGUUGUGAUCACGAUAAUAAUGAAAACCCAUGUUGUCUCUCCAAGCACUUUUUCUAUACUAUAACUGUAAAGUUUUAUUACAAAAAAAGACAGAUUGAAAAUUGAGCUGCAUUUUAGGCAGCAACUAAGACGUUAAUAUGGACCAAUUUUUUUUUUCAUUUUUUGCUGUCUUUUCUUCAGAAUGGGACUAACGUUACCUAAGGCAAGUUGAGUUCCACCUUUCCUUUUCUUUUCUUUGCAUCGUGCACUGUGUCUGGGGUCCAAGCAGAGUUCUACUCAAAGUGUGCCUUACAGUUUUCUUGUUCUUUUUUCUUUUUAAAUUCCAUUCCUUGUCUGGUUAUCCGUUUUAUUUGGCUGAAGGGGUUUGUUCGGAUUCCAUGCUGUAGGUACAACUGAAUCGACUUGUUCCAAUGUUACAGUUAUUUUAGCCUUUUUAAAUGUUUUUUUUUCCUCUCGUGUUGCUUCGGCGCGUUGUCUGCCUGGCUGCUGCUCCCCACUCCCCCGUUCGCCUCGGAAAGAAGAAAUGACACGGACGGACUUCCUUCCUCAAAGGGAAAAGGGGCGCUAUGGCGGGGGCGCUGGCCACUGGGCUCUCUCGGACAGGGGAAGGCCAAACCGCACGGGUUUGCUGCUUCUGACGUGUGCGAGGCUCCGCUCGCUCCCUCAGUCUCGUGGGGGGGUGGGUGGUGAUCUGUAAACCCGGGGGUGCAGUCGUGCUCUGUCACGUUAUCACUAAUGUCAUUUGGGUGCAAUUGUUGUUUGGUGAAUGUUAUUGGUGGCGUGAUUAAAUGGCACCACCCUCCUAAUAACAGUUAUUGGUUGUUUGAAGAUGGAGUGUGUUAAUAUUCACCCCCCCUGCUUUUCAUUGAAUCUUCCACAAAGACACCUCAGCAGCUUCCCUUCUGUUCCUUUCCAGCCACCAACCGCCAGGUUAUAUACAGCAACUGAAAUGCCAAUAAGACAGCCUUGCUGUGAGCGGUAAUCUUUUACUGUUCGAUGGGACCAGAGAUCGCCAAGCUUUUGCUGCGUCAUCACAAGUUGAAACAUUCCUCAACAUAACAGGACAUGUCAUUCGCUUCCAUUCCACACUACUGUAUGUUCGCUUGAAUUCCACGAGUAAUCAAAAUGGCAAAACCGCUUGUAUAUAGUGCCUUAAAUGAAUGGCACAUGUUGAUCCAGUCUUUCAGAUGCCGUGUGUCUUUAAAGACCGUCGAUACAAGGGUCAGUUUGUGUUCUGCCGCGUGUGGAAUGUGUUUAACGUGGUCGAUCUAGAACUCCUCCAAUUCGUUGUUCAUUAACUUCUUCCUGGAUGUGUCGCUGUCCUCUUACAUUUUCCCUUGCUCCUGUCACAUUCCCGCUGUCCAUAAUCCACCAUAUGAAAAAUAUGGCAAUAAAUUGACAUUAUAGUAUUUAAUUAUUUAAAAAUCAGAUGCUGUCAUGAGGCUUUAAAUUGGCCGAAGUUUUUAGCCGUGACAAUUGAGAAUCCGGAACUGAAAAGAAGACAAUGCACGCGACCGCCUGACUGAAACCGUUUUCAGAAUGUUUUUAAAACGCUUGCUGCUUUGCAUUUUUUCCAUGGCCCGAAUGGCUCGUCGGGCUUCAGGCUCAGAGGAUUAUAAAUGUUGGAUGCUCUUCACCCUGCUCACUUUAAAUGGUCUUUGUGCUGGAAUACAAACUUUGAUUCUGGGUCCUCUGUCUUUGUGGAAAGUGUGUGAGACUGUUGUAAAAAUGUGUUGAAUGUCUGUGUUUUAGUUGGCCAAAGCAUUUGGUAUGGUGCACACGGCAUACCGAUGUUACCAGAACAUUCUGAGCGCCUGUGCUUAACGGACCCGUGAGAUGUCGUGUGCGUGGCAUGAGGUUCCGUACCUGCAGAGGACACCUUGUUGAGGCAGAAGUGGAUUAGCAUCAAGACCGCCUCAUGUGCCGUGCAGGCAGAGAUUCUUUUUAAUAUGUAUUUUAGUUGAUUUUCAUUUUUAUCUAUGGUUACAAAUGGCAUACAGAUGUUUUGCAUGUGGUCUAGAAUGCUCUCUCUCUCUGGUGUACUUCUCAGUUUCUCUCCUGGAAUUUGAUACAGUUGUAUGAAAAGAAUGAGUGUUUUGACAGUAAAGUAUGAGCUCGUUUGACAGUAAAGUAGCAAGUAGAUUAACUGAUUUAUGUAUUUUCCUUUUCUGUUUAUGUAUGCUAUUCAUCUUUGACAGAUUGUUUUUUUUUUUUUUUUGUUUUUUUUUGUUGUUCUGGUGAGGACGAGCAAGAAUAAAGUUUCAGUGCCAGUGUC